AUGAAACCCAGCAGUGACAAGUCCGUAUCUUUUGCGCCCGUGAAGCAAUCAGUGAAGCGCAGCAGCACAGCUGACGAGGAUGUGGCGACCCCAGCUCGUGCGAAACGACCAAGAAACGUUGCAGAGCCCGAAACUCCGGCCGAUAGCGAUGACGAGUUCGCUGAUGCACGAGCAACGCCGUUUGCUUCCCGUACACCUGCAAUGACAAGAACUCCUGCUUCGCGAUUGAGGAAAUCUACUUUGCCUGCGGUUAACGAUACGCCUGUCCUCAAGAACAGCGGUCAUGUCAAGUUUGGUGACGACGAUGUGAUUGGAGGCUCAGAUGAGGAUUUCGCCACCGCCGACGAAGCUGACUUGCCAGUAAAGCAAGUCGCCAGUGAGCAGGAUGAGGAAUCCGAGGAGGAGAGUGAUAGCGGCGACGAAGCUCCCGAAGCUGUUUCGAUGUCUACGGGUCGAACGGAGGCAAUUGAAAAGGAGCGUGAGGCACAAGAAGCAGCCAAGCUGUAUGUAUGCGGAUCAAGUUAUUUGAAAAUUGGGCUAAUGUUGUACACAUAG